AACACGCAAGGUGCAUCAUGGCCACCGCUGCUCCAGGAUUUUGUGAACCGGUCGUUCGAGCAGUCCAACGCUCUUUCGGCGCCGCAAAAAGCGGUGUUUAACGAGCAGAUCCAGACGCUCAUCUACGCGGCGGCACGGGACAAGAAGAUCUGGACCAACGACUGGAUACGGCAGAAAUUGCCUGUGUUCGACCCCGCCGUGCCGCUUGCAUUGUACCAGGACGUGGUGGGCCCGGGGCUUGGCGCCCACCAAACCCCCGCCCCGCCCGGGUAUGCGGAGCCUCAUAACCAGCAGAAAAGACAGCACCCGCUUCCCGAAAAGCCGACGAAUUUCGACUCCAAUGAACGGAAGCGUCAGCGGGCGGCCCGGUUCCAGGCCCUGGCCAGCCUGCCGCAUCCGGUGCAGCCUUCUCUGGCGCCCGCUGCCGGCAAGUCUGCGACUAUAGUGGGGACCCUGACGGCGUUGGAAAAACGGUACCUUCGGCUCACUUCAGACCCCGAUCCAGCCCUUGUGCGGUCCAAAUUCAUGCUAGGCAAAUGCUUACUGUAUGUUGUGGACAAGUACCGGUCCAGCGGGGCACUGUACGCGUACAUCAACGACCAGAUCAAGGCUAUACGACAAGACAUGACAGUGCAACACAUCACGUCGGGACUAGCCGUGCGGGUGUACGAGACCCAUGGGCGGAUUGCCAUCGAGAACAACGACUUGGGCGAGUUCAACCAGUGCCAGUCCCAGUUGAAGCACUUGUAUGCACAGCGGUCGCAUCAGAAUUUCUACAAAAACACAUACGAGUUCACCUGCUACAGAAUCUUGUACUUGCUUCUCACCGGGAACUACGCCGACAUCAACAUCGCGCGGCUCGAUAUCAUGGACGCCGAUUCCGCAACCGUGGAGCUGGAGCUAGACCCCGAGUUCCGCAUCCGUAGACAAUGCGUAUACAAGGCGUUGGAGCUUGCGGAUCACGUGGUGUUGGGAAACUACCACCGGUUUUUUGCGUUAUACAAAUGGUUCAAGGGUCUUGGGUGCAUGUCUGGCGCGUUCCAUUUGCUCGAUCAGUUCAUGGCCAACAAGCAGCGUGUUCUCUCGUUGAAAAUCAUGUGCAAAGGCUUCAAGAAAGUCCCGCUUGCGUUGUUGGAAUCCCAGCUCGCCAUAGAC